AUUUUUAUUUUUAUUUUUAUUUUUCAUGAAGUCCAUUUCAAAUUAUUGGGACAAUUCCAGGUUCCCCUGUCUGUAAUCUGUGCUGAUAGAAAACGCCGGCCAUAAGCCGAUGAUGCUUUGACAAACAACCCUUCAAUCUGAACCCCCAGCUUCAUGUCGGUAAUUGGUUUGGUAUUCAUUCAUAAACCCUAAACCCUAACCAACCUUUCUGGAAACCCAAGAAUGCUAUCCGCUUCGAAACGUUACAAACAGUUUCUUCAAGGUAAAACCGAGUUGCUCUCACUCAGAUUCCAACAAAGUUGGUGUUCGAGUUUCAGAAAUCGCAAUCUUAUCAGAAGACAAUCAGAUGUGAAACCAAUGUGGAGCUUCAAUUCUUCUCCUUCACUUCAAAUUCAUAUAAAUCAUCGGCGAACUAGUUAUAUUACAUCCAUCCCACUUGACGUCUCCAGGAUCUGGCCAUUCUUUGCUGCCAUUGUAAAUAGGUUCGUUGGCAACUAUCAAUCAUUGGCAACACAAGCCUCUCCUUCUGAAGAGAGAAUAGCAGAUGACAUCUUGAAUCAAAUUCUUUCUGCUAUAGAGAAGGAUCCGCUCUCUAGUAGAGAAAUUUGUACAACUUACAUUGAGAAGCUGACCAGAUCCAAAAAUCUUUCAGCUGCUGCAAAGCUACUGCAGUCCUUGCGUGAUAAACACAUCUUCCUUAGCCAUAAUGCAUAUAAUCUCCUUUUGGCAGCAGCAGGUAAAGAGAAUGACGAUGAACUUAUUUCUCAAAUUUUCAGAGAUUUGUUGGUGUUAUGCAAUUCCAUGAGUUCAGUCUCUUAUUCUUGUCUUGCCAAGGCUUUUACAAACACAGUUGACCAUGUUUUGCUACUUAGAUUUGUCGAAGAAGUAUCAGAAUUAACCUUUCCAAGUAGUGCAACAGUUCUGAACAGGAUUAUCUUUGCAUUUGCUGAAUGUGGGCAGAUUGAUAAGGCCUUGUUGAUAUUUGAUCAUAUGAAAAGUCUGAAAUGCAAACCGGAGUUGGUCACAUAUAAUACUGUUAUAGAGAUCUUGGGUUGUGUUGGUCGUGUAGAUGAAAUGCUCCAUGAGUUUGGCUCAAUGAAAGAGGCCAACAUCAAGCCGGAUAUCAUUUCUUUCAAUACCUUAAUAAACAGCAUGCGAAAGGUUGGAAGAUUCGAUCUGUGCUCAGUAUUUUUCAAAGAAAUGAGAGAGAGGGGACUUGAACCAGAUUUGCGAACGUACACUGCAUUGAUUGAGAGCUUUGGCCGAUCAGGGAAAGUUGAGGAAUCACUGAGACUCUUUGAUGAGAUGAAGCAGAGGCAUAUUCACCCAUCAAUUUAUAUUUACCGAUCACUGAUUGGUAACUUAAAGAAGAUGGGGAAGUUGGAGUUAGCCAUGACUUUGUCAGAGGAGAUGAAUAAGUGUCCUUCAGAUCUUGUUGGCCCAAAGGAUUUCAAAAGGAAAAACAGAUAGUUUAGCACUUAAAAGUGGAGGUUUUGAAUUCCAGGUGAUUCUAAGAUCUUGUGCAUCAAUUUGCUCGAGUAGGGAUUGUUGUUGAAGUUCCCUUCAUUCAUUGCACUUGAUGUUAGUACUUAAUUUCUGCUGUCCACACUCCAUCAGUCUGCUAUUCAAAAUCAAAAUCUUCAUCAGCAUCUUCCAAAUAACUGUUGGUAAAGUACCCGAUUUCACCAUCAUAUUUUCUUAAAUGAUUUGUAGUCUGGGAACUAAACCUAAAUUAAAAAAUAGAAAAUAAAAAUUUACCAAGGUACUUUUAAACUUUUCUUAGCACUACUAAAUCAGAUUCAGUGGUAUCAUGCUAAUGAUGGAAUAUUUGAUUCCAUCAGCAUUUAAUCUUACUUUUAAGACACUGGUAAACCGCAGAGACAUGUUUUAACAAAUGCAGAAGCAAUCCAGAAGUUUGUUCACAGAUUGUCAACAUCCUCCUGUAUUUGUUGAAGCUUCCAAAAUGAUUAUCUGCAGGACAGCAGGAGCAGCGCACCAUGCAAGAGGAUCUUGGUAUUAAAGAUAUUGGCUUUAAGUUUUAUCUUACAGUAAAUAUAUGAAGCUUUUCGUUGGUCGUUGUGGUUCUGGUAUACCUUGCCCCUCUAUUCAGCUUGGUGGUACUGGUAAAUAGGUAAAUGGCGGAGAUUUGUGUUGCUUGCAGAUGUUGAUUUGUCAUGCAAAACCAAGGUUGUAUUCCAUAUUAGAUGCUGUUCGAAAUCUGCACGUGACUUGGAUCAUUAAAUCAUUCGAGUCUUUCGAUGUGAAUCUCGCACUGUAGCUGAUGAUUGGUAUUUUUUGAGAGUUGUAUUGGUGGGGGUAAAGGACUCGUGUAUUUUGGUUGGUGAAUUGGUGGGUAAUCUCACACAUGGUUCAUACUCUUGAUUAGGAAAUUACAGAACCCUAAGGUCCCUUGUUCUUUUUCUUGUUUCUCAUGUUGCAUCGACAAUCAACAUGUUAGGUUGCUUUUCUAAUAUUGUAUUGCAGUACACUAUACACUUCGAUUACAAUCAAUCAUGAAUGACUGAAUACCAAAUAAUUAUAGAAGUC